AAUACCCAAGUCUCAGCACUGUGACUUCAUUCGCGGGAAACCGGCAGCCGUCUUUGGCCUCCUACCACCCCGCUUUGAAUUAACACUACAGUUCUUGUCGUGGAAUUCAGUUUGAAAUCUUACCAGUGUCUUUUAACGGCGUCCGGCAUUGCUGUCUUUCUUGCAGGGCCGUCUAGUUGAGCUGUCGUCGGUGUUACGUCGAGCCUCACGACACCUGGGCUAACAGCCAGAGCCGCCGCUAGCCGGGGACAAAAGGCUUCUACGCUGUCGAGAAUGAGAUAGCGCGGCAACAUGAGCCAGUUCAACUUGGAACGUUUCCGUUUUCACAAAACAGCCGUCCAAUUUCCGCCAAACGGCUCCAAAAGCCCGGAGUCCGAGAAAGAAAACAAGCCAGCCCAUAUGAAACCUGCCAAAGCAUCAUCAAAGUCCCAUACCCGAGGAGUGGUUUUUGAGGAGGUUGUCGUUCUGUCUGAUGAAGAAGAUGAGCCAGCAACAAAAAUUGUCUUAUCAAGACACUCCAGGGCUCCCGUGGAGAAAUUGUCUAAAAUUGUCACAAAUGAUGACGAAGAAAUCGAAGAAAAAAUGUCAAAACUGGCUGAGAUGUUCCCUCAGUUGUCGAGGCAGACGCUCUUAGAGGUUGUUGGUAGUACAAGCACAUUGGAUGGAGCUGUUGCUGCAUGUCUGCUGAUGCCUGGUUAUAAAGACCCAGAUUGUGGCAAGAAGAGAAAGCAGGAUGACUCCCUCAGCUCACAGGACAUUACUCAACCCAACAAAAGAAGAAAAUCAUCAGUGUCUGAAGAUGAAUGUGAUGAUGAUGACGAAGAAGAGGAUGAACCCAGUUGGGAGAAGAAGGAGUCAAUGGUCAAAAAGCUGCAGAAAAAGUUUCCUGAUCAGGACAAAGAGGAACUACGCAUGGUGCUGAAGGAACAUGACUGGAAUGUUGAUGACGCUCUCCAGGUUCUACAAAUGUUCUCCGACCCAGGUAGCACCAGCUCACCUGACUGCACACCACAGAAAUCCCAACAAGCAAAGAGCAGCAGAGAUGAGUCGCAAACCAAGUUGCACCAACUCAGUGGUUCGGACAAGAGUAAAAGCAAAAUAGAUGCUAAGAAGUCCAAAGACCUCAAUGAUGUUAAUGAAUUUGAGGGCGAUUCAGACGCUACAGUAGAUAGUGAUGACUUUUUAGAGGACCAAAUCAUAGAGUCCAAAGACGAAUUGGAUAAUUCUAUGUCCACAUGGAUUAGCAAGGACUCAUCUUCCUCUUUGACAAGAACAGCUGACUUUUUCAACCAAAAACCAUCCUCUUCCUCCUCCUCCGCCGCCCAAAUGCUGUCCAGGUUCGCCAGCGUGACUAGCAUUGCCCAAAAGCAGGCGGUCGAGAGGAAGCAAAAAGCCCGCGCUUCUGAUGAACGCUUCAGUUCCGACGACGAGGACUCAAUGAGCAGCGACUACGAUGACUCCGAUGAAGAGUUGAAAACGUCGAAACCCACAGGAACCGUGAUGGAUCAGGUCGUCCAGUUUUUCCAGGAAGCCACUAUUGAUGAGCUGGCUUUGAUCUCUGGUUGCUCUGUUACAAAAGCCAAGAAGAUAGUGGCGCUUCGACCCUUUGAAAAUUGGACCAGCCUGACAGAACUCAUCCACAAGAGCAACGGGCUACAGGAGGGCCUGCUUCUGGGUUGCAAAGUGGUUCUCAAGGAGCGUGCCAUCGUGCGGCGACUCAUGUCCAGUUGCGAGACCAUUUCCUCCAAAAUGGUCAAGCAGGUCACGGCGGUGAUGAGGAGCGGCUUGGAGUCCAUGAAACAACCCAGCUUGCUCAAUAGCCAGCUCCACCUUAAACCUUAUCAGCUCAUUGGUCUAAAGUGGCUGCUCCUUCUGCACGAUCAUGACCUGAGUGGCAUCCUCGCUGAUGAGAUGGGUUUGGGGAAAACCAUCCAGGCUAUUGCCUUCCUCGCCCAUUUAUUUGAGAAUGGAAUAGAGGGUCCUCACCUCAUCACUGUGCCUGCUUCUACACUUGAUAACUGGGGCAGAGAGCUGAAAUUGUGGUGUCCGAGUCUGAAAGUCAUAGUUUAUUGUGGAUCUGUGGAAGACCGUCGCUACCUCAAGUAUGACAUCCUCAACGGAGAGCUUGAAUUUAACGUUAUUGUCACCACGUACAACUUUGUCAUAGGGAAUGAUAGUGACCGGGGUCUGUUCCGCAAGCUCCGCCUCAAGUACGCCAUCUUUGAUGAAGGCCACAUGCUGAAGAACAUGAAAACGCUGCGCUACCGCCACCUCAUGGCUGUUAAUGCUAAACAUCGCUUGCUGCUCACUGGCACUCCUUUACAAAACAACCUCUUAGAGCUGAUGUCACUUCUCAACUUCAUCAUGCCUUCACUGUUCUCCAGCUCCACCACAGAGCUCUCCAAAAUGUUUUCUAUGAAAUCCCACGAGGAGCAAAGUCGUUUUGAGAAAGAUCGUAUCUCUCAGGCCAAACGCAUCAUGAAACCGUUCAUCCUCAGAAGAGUCAAGAAUGAGGUCCUCAGGCAGCUGCCUGCCAAAGAAGAGAAGGUGGAGUUCUGCCCCAUGAGUGAGAAGCAGCAGGUUCUCUACCAAAGUCUUUUGCAAAAGUUCAAAGCUUCCGCCGGAAGCGAGAAGCGCGAGUUUAGUAACUUGAUAAUGCAGUUAAGGAAGAUGGCAAACCACCCACUGCUUCAUCGGCAAUACUACACCACGGAGAAGCUCAAAACCAUGAGCAAACUCAUGCUAAAAGAGCCAACUCACUUAGAAGCAGAUGCCGCGUUGAUCCAAGAGGACAUGGAGGUCAUGUCAGAUUUUGAGCUGCAUCGUCUUUGCCAGCGGUACUCAUCCAUCACCUCCUACCAGUUGGAGAACAAUCUGCUCCUCGACUCUGGGAAGUUCCACUGGCUCACAGAGAGGCUGGUGUCACUCAGGGAGAAGGGUGAUCGGGUUGUGCUGUUCAGUCAGUUCACCAUGAUGCUGGACAUUGUGGAGGUACUGCUGAAGCAUCUCAAGCAACGUUACGUUAGAAUGGACGGGUCUACACCAAUAGCGGACAGGAUCUUUCUGAUAGACGAGUUCAACACAGACAGCGAUAUAUUUAUCUUCCUGCUGUCAACCCGCGCCGGUGGCCUCGGCAUCAACCUCACGUCGGCCAACGUCGUCAUCUUGCACGACAUAGACUGGAACCCAUAUAACGACAAGCAGGCCGAGGACCGGUGCCACCGUGUGGGUCAGACCAGGACUGUGAAGGUCAUUAAGAUGAUCAGUAAGGACAGCAUCGAGGACGGUAUACUGCAGCUGGGUCAGAAGAAGCUCAAAUUGGAGCGGGACAUGACAGCUGCUGAACAGAGUGAUGAGGGGACCAUACCUGAAGACAUGGCAUCAUUGCUCAAAGCCUCACUGGGACUGUGAUAUUCAAAUGCAUGAAACGAAAUGACUUGAAAGCAAACUUUUUCAAAGCCAUCUCCGAUCCAGAGCAGGCUUGAGUUUUAAACAUACACUGAACAUAAAAAAAGUAUCUGAUGACCACACUUGUGCCUGUUUGUAAAUGCCCACCUUUUGUUGUACAACAAAUAUAGCUUCAAUAGUGUUGAAGGCUAAACAAAACAAUGUCAUUUUACUGUUUUCUGAUAGUAGGCAAAAGAUUCAAGCUUUCACUUUCAGACCUCCAACUAGUAGUAAUGCAACUUUGAAUUGGCCAUAAAACUUGAUCCACAGCCCAAAGCUUUGUUCAAUAAUUUUGGUUUCAGUCCAACAGGAGUACAUAUAUUUACUGAUAUAGUAAUGACAGCUUGAAAACAUAACCUUGCAAAUACUUAUUGUCAGUCUGUCUUUAAAAGUGACCAACUGUUUUACUCAACAUGAGGUUUCGCCACAUGUUGGCUUUUGUUGGCCACCAGAGGGCACAAUUAGUCCACUUUGUUCAAUGCUUUUAGCAAGAGAACGAGGUGGAGUGACUAUCCAUUACUCUUGAAAUUUGAAAAUGGAUUUAAAUGAGUAGUUUCUUGCAAAGUAGAGAACACCCGGUGGUCGUGGUGGUGUUUAUUGUGAAACGGAACAAAGCAAAGGUAUAGAACCAAUAGAUAAUGCAUGUUUGCAUAAAUGUUGAACUGUAUGACUGAUGCCUAAUAUGUGGCAAGUGUUACUCUUUUGUAAAUCAUUUUCAAAUGUGUAUGUUCGUUGUUUUUUAUGUGU